CGUUGAAAAAAAAAAAAACAUUGAAGCCUGUUGAUCCUUGUUGCUUGUGCACGUUGUCGUUUUAUCAUAACAUGAUUAUAUUUGGAGUUAUUCUGGUUGUUAAUAAAUGUUAAAUAACAAUAACAAUAUCAAAAAAAAAAUCACGUGAACAAGUGGUAGUGGGGGGUUCAAAUAAACAAUUACAAAAGUCAAGUUAAUUAAUAAUUAAAAAAUGGAUCGUCAAAGAGAGUAUAAAAAAUCUCGUGAUCCAUUUACAAGUGAAGCAGCAAAAUUUAAACGUGCUGAAAAAACAGAAUCAAGAAGACGUCAACAACGAGAUAAAAAUGUUUCUCAACGACGUAAAUUAGAUGAAAACCAUAAUACAACUUCAACUGAUGGUGAAGAAACACUAAAUGAUAUGUCAGUCAAACUAAUGAAAUGGAAAGAAGAAAAAGCUCUACAAAAAAAGCUUGAAGCCCAAAAUAAAAAGCCUAUUUUUAAAAUUGGUAUUCCUCAUCAUAAUUUAUAUUCUCCUCCAUUGAAUGAUGAUAAACUUCAACGUAAUCAUAAAAAAACCAAGAAUCCAAUUGAUACUAAACAAAAAAAAAUAAGUCGAGUAACUGAACGUCGUUUGGCAUUGAAAGGUGCUGCUGGUGAAGCUAGAUGUACACGUGCAAGUAAAAAAUUAGCUGCUGCUACUACUGCUGCUGAUAAUAAACAACCAGUUGAUCCAAAAAAUCCAGUAGUAAUUGCUCCAACACCAUUAUUUGGUCAAUUUGAAAUUCCAAUGGAGCCUGAUACAUCCAACGAACAAAGUAAUAAACAUGAUGCAACAUUUGUUCUUGAAAAAAAUACAAGUAAUGAUGAAAAAUAUAUGGAUGCUAUUCUUGAAGAUGAAAAUGAAGAUGAAGAAAAGAAUAAACUAACAAAUGAUGCAAAUAAUUCAAUUGAAUCAGUUAUGCUACGUGUGUCAUCACAAGAGUCACUUGAUUCUAAUGAAAUUCAUGAUAAACAAAUAAAUAAUAAACAUUUAAAUAUACAAGAUAAAUGUGCAUCACCAAUUGCUGCAUUGUUUUCACCAUUUAUUACAACAAGUCGUGGUAAAAGUAGUGCAAGAAAAGAAUUUAAAGAACGUAUGAGUUUGCGUACGAGUUGUUCACCAGCUGAUGAUAUUCCAACAAAAGAUACAGUUAUGAAAAAUUUAAAUAUAUCUGUUGAUGAAGAAGAACAUACUGCACAAUAUUACAGAUCAUUGGGUGAACGUGAAUCAAAUAGACUCAAGGAACUAUGUAAUGAUUGGAGAAUAAUUCAAUUUUUAGAUGAUACACCUGAAGAAUCAAUUCAUCAUAUUAAUUCAGCAAUUGGUCAAGCUGAACUUUUACUUAAUAAAAAAUUUGGAAGAUUUCAACAAUUAGUUGAUAAUUGUGAAGAUGGAAAAGGUGAAAUGUUAGUACGUUGUCGUGAUUUACAAGGUUUUUGGGAACUUGUAUCACGUGAAGUUGCUGAUUGUGAUUCACGUUUUUAUAAACUUGAAAUACUUAGAAAUAAUGAUUGGAUUGAAAAAGAAGAAGAAGAUACAGAAGUAUAUCGUAAACCAAUAAAUAAAAAGAAAAAUAUUGUUAAAAAAAAGCUUAAUACAGCAAAAAGUAAAUUUAAAUUAUUUAUUGAAGAACAAAGAAAGAAAAAAUUACAAGAACAAAUGGAUAUUGAUGCUGAGAAUGAUGAAAAUAUAGAAGAAAAUAAUAAUCAACAAAUAAUACCAAAAAAAAGUUUAUUAUCAUCGGAAACAUUUGUUCCAUCAAGUCCAAUAUUAACACCAAGAAGUCUCAUGAGACGUCAGCUAACAGAUAGUGCUAAAAAAAUGGCUCUAGCAAGUAUGAAAAUAACCCAAAUAUGUAAAACACCAGAAGUACAACUUGAUGAUUCAAUAUCAUAUGUUAAUUCACAUCAAACACCAGGUAAAGGAAUUUUAAAAAAAUUUAAUUUUGAAUUUCCAAUUAGUGAAAAACAAAUUACAAAAUCAACAUGUAAAGUUAAUUUUAAUGAUACAGUUGAUGAAAAUAAAAUAAUUUCUCUUGAAAAGAAAAAGCUAACUUUUGAUGAUAGUUUAUCACCUGAUGAACCAUUGCUAGAUGACAGUAUAAAAUCAUCAUCAAAUAAUUUCUUUUUCAAAGAUCCCAAAUCUGAUAUUAUCUCAAAAGAAAUUAACAAAAAAAUACCAAGUUUUAAUUUAAUAUCACCUACACCAAGAAAACAAAUUAAUCCAAAAAUACCAAGUAUUACUUUAACAUCACCUACACCCAGAACACAACGUGUAUUGCCAAUAAUAAAUAUUACCAGUGCAACAGUAGAUAGAAAAUUAAGAAAAAAAACAAUUAAAAAAGUUACUGAUAGUGCUGAAGAAGUUGAAACACCACGACAAUUGAGAAAUCGAUCAAUAAAAUUUGAUGCAACACCAAGUGCAAGUAAAAAAAGUAGAAAAACUUUUGAUACUUCUCAAUUGGAUUUAUCAGUUUUAUCAACAUCAGGAAUAGUUGAUAAAGAAAAUAAUGUUCAAAAGAAAAAAUCUACAGCUAGAAAAAGUAUAAAAUAUGAAGAUGUUGGUAACAUGAGUUUGAAUAUACCAUCAACACCAAGAAAAUCAAAUAGAUUGAGUAUGAAGCAUGCAUCUGAUGCUCUUUCAGUCACUCUACCAUCAACUCCAAUAACUCCUCGUCGAAAAAGAAAAAUUUAA